AUGAGUAAAACUAUAGAAAUAUCGGACAUCACGAAGAUAGAAAGGAUAGGAAUCCACUCCCAUAUCACAGGACUGGGCCUGGACGAGAACUUAAACCCAGAGUACACGGGAGAUGGGCUAGUGGGCCAAGUGCAGGCAAGAAGAGCCGCCGGUGUUGUUGUAAAUAUGCUUAAGGAAGGAAAGAUAGGAGGAAGGGCAAUUCUUUUGGCAGGGCAGCCGGGAAGUGGAAAGACGGCAAUAGCAAUGGGAAUUUCGAAAGCACUUGGAGAGGACGCGCCAUUCACACACAUCAACGCAUCCGAGGUCUAUUCGAUGGAACUGAGCAAGACUGAAUCACUAACACAGGCGUUCAGAAGAUCAAUCGGCCUGAGAGUGAAGGAGGAGUCGGAAGUGAUAGAAGGAGAGGUCACGGAAAUCGAAAUAGACAGAUUCACAAAUCCGACGAGCACAAGCAGUAGAGAUAAGCUGGGGAAGAUGACGAUGAAGACGACGGAUAUGGAGACGCUCUACGACAUAGGAGGCAACCUGAUCGAUGCGCUGAAGAGAGAGAACGUGGCAGUGGGCGACAUAAUACAAAUAGACAAGACCUCGGGAAAGGUGACGAAGCUGGGAAGAGCUUAUUCGUACUCCCACGACUACGACGCAAUGGCGCCGAACGUCAAUUUCAUACCAUGUCCAUCGGGAGAGCUGCAGAAGAGAAAGGAAGUGCUGCACACAGUAACACUGCACGAUGUGGAUGUAAUAAAUUCAAGAUCGCAAGGAUUUUUAUCACUGUUUACGGGAGACACGGGAGAGAUAAAGAACGAAGUGAGGGAGCAAAUUGACCUGAAAGUGCAAGAGUGGCAAGACGAUGGAAGGGCAGAGUUGAUCCAGGGAGUGUUGUUCAUAGACGAGGCACACAUGUUGGAUAUUGAGUGCUUCUCAUUUUUGUCAAGGGCUCUAGAAAUGGAAAACUGUCCAAUAGUAGUGAUGGCCACUAACAGAGGGAUAACGAGAAUUAGAGGAACAGAUUACAAGUCGCCUCACGGAAUACCGCUUGAUGUGCUGGAUCGGCUGCUAAUCAUACCAACAUUUCCAUAUCAGCCUGAGGAUACAAAGAUGAUCAUUGGUCAGAGAUGCGACGAGGAGGACGUGGAGUUGGAAGAGGACUCGCUGGAGCUGCUGGUCAAAGUGGCCACAGACGUAUCGCUAAGAUACGCAUUGCAGCUAAUAACAGCGUCACACCUGAUUAGGCAAAGAAAGGGAGGUGGACCAGUUACCUGUGACGAUAUCAAAAGAUCAUUUAGUCUGUUUCUGGAUGCAAGACGAAGCACCAAAUACCUAAUUGAUUUCCAACACGAAUACAUGUUCUCCGAAUUAAAGAAUCCUGAUGAAAAGAUGGAAGAGUGA